AUGCCGCCUAAAGCAAGUGGUAAAGCCGUGAAGAAGUCUGGCAAAGCCCAGAAAAACAUUACCAAGUCUGACAAAAAGAACCGCAAGAAGAAGAGAAAGGAAAGUUACGCCAUUUACAUCUACAAGGUGUUGAAGCAGGUCCACCCUGACACUGGUGUCUCAUCCAAGGCCAUGAGCAUCAUGAAUAGCUUCGUCAACGACAUUUUUGAACGUAUUGCUGCUGAAGCUUCAAGACUUGCUCAUUAUAACAAACGUUCCACCAUCACCUCCCGGGAAAUUCAAACAGCCGUCCGUCUUUUGCUACCCGGUGAAUUAGCCAAGCACGCUAUGAUCCGUCUUCGAGUUAUCGAACCGACCAUGGAGGGGGAAAUUUUUUCUAGUGCUCUACGAGAUUGUUAA